AUGACAAGCGAUACGGAUGAAGGCAAUGAUCCCAUCAAAAUAGAGAUCAGCGAAGGCAGCAAGUAUAAACAAUUUUUCGAAAAAGGACUCGGUGCACUCUUAUCCGACCCAAACUUUUUGCUUCUCUAUGUGCCUGAAAAUGGAGCCAAAAUGCAAGUCAUACGACCUGCCAGUGAUUCAUACCAUCGAAGGCGCAUGAUUAGAAGGAUUAAUGAAGCGGAGGACAUUCCGUCUUUUUACUACGCGUUGUCGCACCUUUGGGGGACUACCGAAAACGAACGGUACCACUGGAAUGAUAUCAAUGAAUACGUGGAUGGCGAAGAUGGACAACCAGUGAAACCUGUUUCCAUGCGACCUGAGAAACGCGAUACAUUACUUGCAUUGCUCAAGGAUGAACCUGAUAGUUAUUGGUGGAUUGAUGUCUUAUGUUCACGUACCGAUACGCCAUUGGAUAUUAUGGGCAAUAUCUACGCUUGUUGCCUUGAAUGCGUUGCCUUGAUCGACUGUGAACCUGGCCUGAUAUCACGAAUUAAUUUAAUGGAUGAUUAUGAUAUGUCCCAUUUUGAACAGCAUUGUUCAAAUGACGUCGAAGCUGCCAAGCAAUGCUAUGACCAGUGUUGCCAGUUCAUAGAUUCCAUGCACAUAUUGAUACAAAGCCGGUGGUGGAGACGUGUGUGGACAUGGCAAGAGAUGGUUUUACCUUUAGGAGAGGUACACCUUAUGGCGGAAACAGGCACUCACGAACCUUCAAGCAACACGAUCACCGUGGAUGACUUAACUCGAAGGUUUAACUACAUUUCAUACUUUACGAGAUCGAUAGAGGAUCGAUACGAGGAUAAUGAAGAAUUCGAACGUAAAGAGGCAGCGAUACGGUUGAGAUAUGUGGGAGUAGAGACUUUAGAAUCUUGGUAUACUGAUACACGUAUGGCAAGAUUAUACGGCAAGGAACGUAUCCAAUUUGAGAGCGUAGAAAACUUUGCGACCCUAUUGGUAUCAACAAUGACCCAUUCCCCUCGGCGUUGCAUGGAUCCUGUUGACUAUGUCUAUGGUGUGCUUGGGUUAUUUCAGAUUGAGAUACCAAGAAUGGAUGAUCCGGUUGCUGUUUGGAAGCUUUUCUUAUCUGAGAUGGAUAAACUUCUUAGCCAUGAAACGUCUCUUAGAAUCAGUUAUCGUGCGUACGAAGUUGAUCUACGGAAAGUCCCAGAUACAAGUUUCGUGUACCGGCACCUAGUAGCCUAUCAAUGA